AUGUUUCAAGUUCCCUUUUCCCAUGAUGAUUGCGCAAUACUGGACAAAUAUUUGGGUUGCCUGCUCGGGAUGGCUGUAGGAGAUGCCUAUGGUACUACUUUUGAAUUUAUUCCAAGACAUGGAAUUUCUGAAAAUGAUUUGACUGAAAAUCUUGUGGGUGGAGGAAAAUUCCGUUUAAUGAAAGGCAUGUUUACCGAUGACACCAGUAUGGCUCUGUUACAAGCUGAAAGUUUAUUACGAGAGGAUCAUCACUCUGGAAUUGAUAUUCUUGAAUCAUUGAAAAAUUAUCCCAUGGAUGCACCAAGUUCACACGAUCAAAAAACCAGUUGGAUUGAGAAAAUGAUUUGUGACCACACUCUAUUGGAUGGCAGAGAUAUUCAAAACAGAUUUUUAGAGUGGUAUAAUGAAGGUCAUUUGAGUGCCAGUGGUCAUUGUUUUGAUAUUGGAAAAACUACUCUUGUACACUUGUUGAAGAAUGAAAAAACAAAGGCUGCAUUUUGUCCUGUAGCGAAUUGGAAUGAUCAAGCGAGUGGAAAUGGUGCAUUGAUGAGAUUGGCUCCUGUUCCAUUAUAUUAUUAUAAUUUUUAUGUGAAAUUAAUGGCAAAUAGACAAGAUCAAGAUGAAAAUUCAAAACAAUUAUGUGAAAAAGUACUUCACAGAGUCAUUACAGAGAGUGGUAUUUCAGCAUUCACAACCCAUCCUUCUGAGUUGGCGUUUGAUUGUAACCGAUACAUGACUGCCUUAAUGAUUGGAUGCAUGCAAGGUGCUACUAAAGAAGAUUUAUUCAAAGAUGCUUCAAAAGAACAAUCCGAAGAAUAUCAAUUGUUAUUUGUACCUCAUGGAUUACCUCGUAAUUAUUGGGAACAAUUUCCAUUACGUAAAGAAGUUCGGGAAAUGAUUCAAAAUUUCAAAUCGAAGAGUUCAGAUGAAAUUGUCAAUUCGGGCUAUGCGGUGACUGCUUUCGAAGCUGCUUUAUGGGCCUUCACAUCCACAAAUUCCUAUUUUGAAGGUUUGAAAAAGGUGGUUCGUCUCGGAGAUGAUGCUGACACGAUUGCAUGUGUUUAUGGACAAUUGGCAGGAUGUUUUUAUGGUGUGAAUGGAAUUCCAGAACAUCUCAUUUCACAACUUGUAUUCAAAGAUUUAUUGAAAAUCAUAGCGAAAGAGCUCUAUUAUGGUGGCAAUGCUGGUGCUACUACUAUUGUAAAAGGACAAGAUGAUGAAGAGAAGGAAAUGAUGUCUACACAUGUCAUUUACAAAAAUGUCAUGUCUUUGUAUUAUAAUCUGGAAAAUUCCUAUAAGGACAUUCACAGACGAUCUAAUCCAUGUCCAAAGCAGUUCAAGACCAUUGAAGAAUUUGAUUUGGCAGUUUCACAAAUGAUCCAAGAAUUUGAAAAGCAUCAAGCGGAAAUUCUUCUUACAUUGGAAACAUCAUUGAAAGAAUUUGUUCUUUCCAUUUCGAAUUCAAUUUUACAAGAUUUCAAAACCAGAUGUGAUUGUUUCACCAAACCUCCUCUUCAAGAUCGAUUGAAUCGUUUCACAGUUCCUCAAUCGCGACCACUUAUAAAAUUACAAUAG